AUGUCUUCUUCUGAAUACAAUUAUGACGAGGAAGGUGAGACCUGGCCUUUUUUUGUGUUGGCAUUAUUAACAUUUGUAUUAUUACCUCUAACAAUUAAGUAUGCCACACGUAUUUUUUCACCUGAUCCCGAAAAGAUCAAUGCAACAAUUGAAGGCUCUAUCAAAGAGAAUGGUGAGUCAGUCAGGGUCCCCAACUUGGCUGCAAUCAAUGUUUAUAAGAGCAAGAAAAAGUCGCUGAAAGUGUUCAACAAGACGCUCGUGUUGCUCAUCAUUGGAUGGAGCUUGGUGAUUUACGUUGGCAAAUACUUGACCAAAGAAGCAAACAUGACGGGAAUGUUUGAUCCUUAUUCAAUUUUGGAUGUGUCUUUCUCAGCCAGUGAAAGGGAAAUCAAAAGCCACUACAGAAAAUUAUCACUUAAGUACCACCCGGAUAAGUUACCUAGGGACCUUACCGAGGAAGCAAGAUUGAAAAUGGAACAAGAAUAUAUUCGCUUGACUAGUGCGUACAAGGCUUUGACCGAUGAAGCUACAAGAGAAAAUUUUAUUAGAUAUGGACAUCCUGAUGGUGAGCAACCUAUAACGCAUGGAAUUGCUUUACCCAAAUUUUUGGUGGAAGGCAAGUACUCUUCCAUUGUUGUGGUCUUUUAUUUUGCUCUCAUUGGAUUGCUCUUACCAAUCAUUGUUGGUAAAUGGUGGAGCAAUGUCAAGAGCCACACGAGAAAGGGAUUACACGUCCAAACAGCUGGUGACUAUGUACUCAAGUUUGCUGAUAAAGACCCAGCAAAGAUUAUAACUCCAGACACAAUCUUGGAAUAUGUUCUUGAAAGUCAAGAAGUUGACGAAUUACUUCCCGGACUCAGUCUCAAGGAAAAGAAGGCUUUGGUUGAAGAGCAUUUGAAUAGAAAAUUUGAUUUGAACAAUGAUAAGCACGAGAGACAAAAAGUUGAACUAAUCGCCAUGUUGCCCUUUUUGGUUGAUGGAUUGAUUGAUAUUGCAAUUGCAUUUAGACUACAUGAAGUCAUUUUUGCUGCAGAAGAUUUGAAACGCGCAGUGAUCCAAGCAGUGCCAAUAUCAGGGAAACAUCAAGACAUCUUACAACUUCCAUUUGUUGACAAGGAUGUUGUUCAGAAACAACCAGUAAAGAAAUUGGGUAAAUUGCUCACUUUAUCUCAAGAUGACGCAAAGAAGGCUCUUGGUAUCACGAAUGAGGCGGAUUUGAAAAAAGCACUCAGGAUUGCAGAGCUGCUUCCUACACUCAGAGUUAUUGAUGCAAAAGUCAUGGUUCCUGGAGAAGAAGGUGUGCCUCCACAUUCAAACGCGCAUGUAUCCAUUAAAUUUUUGGUUAAAUCGCCUAGAUUGAAAUCGUGUCCGGAAAUUGGUGAAGAUGGGGACGAUGAGAGGUUAAAAGAUGAAGAGACACUUGAGUACAUGAAGAACCCAAUGAUUGUCAAUGAUAAGCAACCAACUUUACCCUUUGCAUAUGCUCCAUACUUUCCACAAUCAGUAAGAAACAAAUGGUCAUGUUAUUUGAUAUCUCAAAGUGAAAACAAAUUAGUUGAUGGUAGCUCUUCGUACAAUUUGGAAAAGAUUGACUUAUCUAACUUGAAACUUACUCAGGAAGAAUGGGAGAAGGGGGAGAAGGUAACAAUCAGUACUUACAAAUUUCCAUUACCAACUGCCGUGGGAAAUGUUGGAAAGGUUUAUUAUAGAUUGGUGAUGAAGAAUAGCACUUAUUAUGGAGCAGAUGUUGAUAUUCCAAUCGACUUGGAAGUGACACCAGUUUCUAAAGAGAAGAGUCUAGCUGGCGUAAAGAAAUUGAUGGAAACAAAACAGAAGGAAAGCGAGGCAGACUCUGACGAAGAGGAGUAUGAAGAUUCGGAUAGUGAUAUUUCUGAUCCAGAAGAAGAUAGUCUAGCAGGUGCUUUAGCUGCUUUGCGAGGAGAAAUGAGCAAAAAGUCGGCGAAGGCUGGAAAACGAUCCGCUCAUGAACAAGGUUCCGAGGAUGAAGGAGACGACGAGGAAGAAGAAGAAGAAGAGGAGGAGGAGGAAGAGGUGUUUACCGAUAUCAAUACAGAUACAGAAGAUGAGGCAGAGGAUGAAGCAAAAUGA